AUGUCAUUCCACACGGUAAAUUCCCAAAAAAACAAACUUUCGGGUCAAGAAAUUAACUCUACUCAAGCAGCAUUUAAGAAUAUACCUUCUCAAAAUUCGAUCGGUAAAUUGGACAGCGAAAUUAACUCAGAAGUCGACUGUGGAAAUAAUAGGCACUGUCAAGCGGGCCAACAAUGUGCUUCCAAUAAUACUUGUAUUCCAUUGGGCGCAAAAGACUGUGGUAACUCCACUUACUGUGACGCGGACCGACAAUGUGCUUUUAAUAAUAGAUGCAUUCCAGUGGGUACAAACGACUGUGGAACAUUCUACUGUAACGCGGGCCUACAAUGUGCUUUUAAUAAUGCUUGCAUUCCAGUGAGCGCAAUCGACUGUGGUACAUACUACUGUGAUGCGGGCAAACUAUGUGCUUCUGGCGAUUCUUGCAUGCUUUUGGUAAAUAGCUUAGUUGUUUUCAUCUAUAAUGUGAAAUUAAAUAAUAAUGUACCUUUACUAAAAUGUAUUCCAUCCGUUGGCACCUCAAGGGUCAAAUCGACUGUGGAGUUGGAAUACACUGGUCAACAAUGCGCUUCUGAAAAUAGAUGCAUUCCAGCGGGUGCAGUCGACUGUGGGACACACUUUUGUGAUGCGGGGCACCAAUGUGCUUCUAUUAAAAGAUGCAUUCCUCCGGGUGCAGUCGACUGUUUAACACAUUUCUGUGCUGCGAACCAACAAUGUGCUUCUAAUGCUACUUGCAUUCCAGCGGGUGGAGUCGACUGUGGUACUCACAACUGUAGACCGGGCGAACAUUGUGGUCCUGAAGAUUCUUGCAUUCCACCGGGUAAAAACUGA